UUGGAAAGAGUUCGUCCUGGAGUAUAUAACUCUUGGGACCUGUAGCUCGACACCCACUUAGCAGCGGGACCUCAACAACAUGAACUGGAAGGAAGCCGUUCUAGUGCUGUGUGUGGCGACCAGAGUCGCCGCAGACACCUCCUUCAGCUACAAUCCUCCAUUUACCCAGGUGUCCACACAAGGGGCUGGAGAGGCUUCAGAAGCCAAGUACAGCUUCGAAUGGCGCGUCGAUCACGACCCAUCAAGCAACGAGUACGGACACGAGGAGAGCCGAGACGGGGACGACACACAAGGAAGGUACUUCGUUGUGCUCCCCGACGGACGCCUGCAACAGGUGGUCUUCACCGUCAGCGGGAGCUCUGGAUACAAGCCCAGAGUCACCUAUGAGGGAUCAAUAGACUCUCUGGAAUCAGUAGAGUCAGUCGAGUCAGAUGAUUCAGACGAAUUUGAGGAGCAAAACGCAAGUGAUUUUCAGGAAUUCGACUCCGCCUCAGAGGAAGAUUGAGAACGAAUUAUCUUAUCAGCUUGUCAUCAUAAACACAGCCCGUUAUCGUAAACAA